CUACAGAAAAGAGAGCGCUCUUGCCGGUUUUAUGUUCAGGCCAUGGUGGAGACGGUCAACAACCUGUUGCAGCCGCAUGCGCAGGCUGCGUGGAGGGAGCUGAGCACCGGUGAGCAGCUGAGGGCGGCCACCAUGCUGCUGGAUACGGUGGAGCAGGGCGCUUUUGUGCUGGCCGAUAACCUGCUCAAGACAGACAUAGUGCAGGAAAACACCGACAACAUCCAGCUGGAGGUCGCGAGGAUGAGCACAGAGGGGAAUUUGCCGGAUCUGAAGUUCCCACAAACUGGAGGACAGGGUAACUCCAUCCACCUGUCAGCGAACACGCUCAAGCAGCAUGGAAGAAACGGUGAGAUCAGGAUAGCAUUCGUCCUGUACAAACACAUCGGGGUUUACCUCUCCACUGAGAACGCCAGCAUGAAACUGGGCAGCGAAGCGAUGGCGACCAAUUACUCCGUCAUUGUCAACUCCCCAGUGAUCACAGCUGCCAUCAACAAGGACUCUAACAAAGUCUACCUCUCUGACCCUGUCAUUUUCACCAUCAGACACCUACAGCAAUCUGAGGAGAACUUCAACCCCAACUGUUCCUUUUGGAGUUACUCCAAGAGAACCAUGGCCGGUUUCUGGUCGACGCAGGACUGUCGCUUGCUAGGCACCAACAGGACUCACACCACAUGCUCCUGCACCCAUCUAACCAAUUUCGCCGUCCUAAUGGCCCAUGUGGAUGUCAAGAACACAGACCCCAUCCACGACAUGCUUCUGGAUGUCAUCACGUGGGUCGGCAUCCUCCUGUCGCUGGUCUGCCUGCUCAUCAGCCUCUUCACCUUCUGCUUCUUCCGCGGCCUCCAGAGUGAUCGCAACACCAUCCACAAGAACCUCUGCAUCUGUUUGUUCAUCGCUGAGUCCCUGUUCCUGGUGGGGAUCAACCGAGGUGACCAGCCGAUUGCCUGUGCCGUCUUCGCAGCCCUGCUCCACUUCUUCUUCCUGGCAGCGUUCACAUGGAUGUUCCUGGAGGGCGUGCAGCUCUACAUCAUGCUGGUGGAGGUGUUCGAGAGCGAGCACUCGCGCCGCCGCUACUUCUACAUGGUGGGCUACGGAGUUCCGGCGCUAAUUGUGGCCGUUUCCGCUGCAGUGGACUACAGGAGUUACGGCACCGACCGAGUUUGCUGGCUUCGCCUGGACACCUACUUCAUUUGGAGUUUCAUAGGACCAGCAACCUUGAUAAUUAUGCUCAACGUGAUCUUCCUGGGCAUCGCUCUCUACAAGAUGUUCCAUCACACGGCCAUCUUGAAACCAGACUCCGGUUGCCUGGACAACAUCAAAUCAUGGGUGAUUGGGGCCAUAGCCCUGCUAUGCCUGCUGGGCCUGACCUGGGCCUUCGGUCUCAUGUAUGUCAACGAGAGCACGGUGGUCAUGGCCUACCUGUUCACCAUCUUCAACUCCCUGCAGGGAAUGUUCAUCUUCAUCUUCCACUGUGUGCUGCAGAAGAAGGUCCGUAAAGAGUACGGAAAAUGCCUCCGUACUCACUGCUGCAGUGGCAAAAGUGUGGACAGCUCCAUCGGCUCGGGAAAAGGCACCGCCUCCCGUGCACCAGGACGAUACUCUACAGGCUCACAGAGCCGCAUCCGCCGAAUGUGGAAUGACACGGUCAGGAAACAGUCCGAGUCUUCUUUCAUGACCGGUGACAUCAACAGCUCCGCAUCACUCAACAGAGGUACUUGGUCCCGCCGCAGAUAUUUACUUGAAUGAGUCCACAGUAGAAGGGCUUUCACCUUAGACUGUAUGACUAAUGCGAUGAUAAAAGUGUUCACUAAAGCUUGACUUUCUUUCUGACAUUGCAGUUCUUCUCCUUUCCUAUUUAACAUGACUCGUACGUUCUUCAUCUCAAGUCAAGGAAAAUCAAAUGUACUUCAGACAAAAGAGACGUUAUUUGUCAGGGUUUGAUUGUUUGAAAAAUGACAAAAUUCUUAAAUUUGAUCGAAUUAAGUUGAUCUCUUAAAUAGCUGGUUUUGAUUGUAACAUCUGUGCCAAGUUGAGAGAACAUGAA